UCUCUUCUCUUCGCUCUUUCUCCACCCUUCUCACUUCUUCUCCGUGAAACCAGACCGGCGACCGAUGGCAGCCAACUGGAGCUUGACGAAAUGAAUGCUGGCAUUGCAUGGAGAAAACUCAACUGUUUGCAGGGUUUGCAGUGAAGGUGGUGGGCGAGAUGGACUCGGAGGACGAUAUGCACGACGUGGCAGAGGUGGAGUCGCUUGAGGACUUCUAUAGCGGGGACACGGCUAUGGCGAGCGAAGACGAUGAGGCGGACUAUGAGUUCCUGGACAACGACAGCGACGACUCCGAUGCUGCCACAAUUCGCCGGCCGCAGCAAAACUAUACCAUUUUGAGUGAAGAUGAUAUCCGCCUCCAUCAAGAGGAUGACAUAUCGAGGAUAUCCACUGUGCUUUCUAUUCCAAGAGUUUCAGCUAGUAUUCUCUUGCGCUAUUAUAACUGGAGUGUCAAUAGGGUCAAUGAUGAAUGGUUUGCUGAUGAGGAUAAAGUUCGCAAGGCUGUAGGCUUGCUGGACAAGCCAGUCGUUGGGAUAAAUCAAAAUGCUGUUGAACUUACAUGUGGGAUAUGCUUUGAGAGUUACCCUCGUGGAGUAAUGCAUGCUGCUGUCUGCGGUCACCUUUUUUGCACUUUUUGUUGGAAAGGUUAUAUAAGUACAUCCAUAAAUGAUGGUCCUGGAUGCCUCAUGCUGCGGUGCCCUGAUCCUGCUUGUGGUGCUGCUGUUGGCCAAGAUAUGAUCAAUUUAUUGGCUUCUGAUGAAGAUAAGGAGAAGUAUUCACGUUACCUUCUUAGAUCCUACAUUGAAGACAACAGGAAGACCAAAUGGUGUCCUGCUCCAGGCUGUGAGUAUGCUGUAGAAUUUGUUGCUGGCAGUUCAAACUAUGAUGUUACCUGCAAUUGUUCUUAUAAUUUUUGUUGGAAUUGUACUGAAGAGGCACACCGUCCUGUUGACUGUGACACAGUGGCCAAGUGGAUCCUAAAGAACAGUGCUGAAUCAGAGAAUAUGAACUGGAUAUUGGCAAAUUCAAAGCCUUGCCCGAAGUGCAAGAGACCAAUUGAGAAGAAUCAGGGUUGCAUGCAUAUUACAUGCACACCUCCUUGCAAGUUUGAGUUUUGCUGGCUUUGUCUUGGUGCAUGGUCUGAUCAUGGUGAACGGACAGGUGGUUUCUAUGCAUGUAACCGUUAUGAGACCGCGAAGCAGGAGGGAGUGUAUGAUGAGGCUGAAAAAAGACGAGAAAUGGCAAAAAAUUCAUUGGAGCGGUAUACUCAUUAUUAUGAGAGAUGGGCCACCAAUCAGUCGUCAAGGGCAAAGGCUCUUUCAGAUCUGCAUCAAAUGCAAACUGUUCAUAUUGAAAAGUUGAGCGACAAGCAGUGUCAGCCAGCAUCUCAGUUGAAAUUCAUAACUGAUGCUUGGUUACAGAUUGUUGAGUGCAGGCGAGUACUGAAGUGGACAUAUGCCUAUGGCUAUUACCUUCCUGAGCGUGAACUUGCAAAGAAGCAAUUUUUUGAGUAUUUACAGGGGGAGGCUGAGUCUGGGUUGGAGCGACUACAUCAAUGUGCUGAAAAGGAAUUGCUCACUUUCCUAGAGGGUGAGGGUCCAUCUAAGGAGUUUAACGAAUUCAGAACCAAGCUGGCAGGCUUAACCAGUGUGACUCGCAAUUACUUUGAGAAUCUAGUAAAAGCUUUGGAGAAUGGGUUGGCUGAUGUCGAUUCCCAGGGAACCAGCAGUCAAAGUGGAGGCUCCAAAGCUGCUGCUAGCAAAGGCAGGGCAAGCAGGGGAAAGGCUGCUAGCUCAAAAUCCGGUUCAACGAGGACCCUGGAUGACACAGGUCGCUGGUCUUGUGACCAGUGCACUUACGCUAACGUUAAUACAUCAACCACGUGUGAGAUAUGCCACCACCACAGGUGAAUAAUAGAAGCCCUAAUGCACAUAACUCGUGCAUGUGCCGUCGAGUGGCUUUGCUGCAUGAUUUUUCAAGUCAUACGGGCCACGAAGGCUCCCUUGAAAAUUUGUUAGAUCUGCACCUACCUGUGGCUUAUUUAGUGAAAACCGUUAACAGUUCUCAUCUUGUAAAUAUUCUUGUGUUAUUAUAGAAAAGCCAACAAAUAUAAAUGUAAGCAUCUAUUGUUUAUGUCUCGAUCGUCAAUGAGAUUCGACGAUCUCAAAUCCUCGAGUUCCGUCUGAUCUUUCAGUAUCAUAAGCCUUUAAUGUACGCCUCCCAUUUACCCUGUUGAUGUAACGAAGGGCAAAGCUUGUUCAUGGAUCAAAUUUCAUAUUCAACAAGACUCAUGAAGGUUCUCCUGUUCCUA